AUUUUUUAUAACCGGUAUCUGUCAGAAAGGAAUCGUGAUUGCGCAAAAAGUUGCUCGGUAAUCGUAUUAAUCUAGUCUCAUUACUGCCCAUCGGUCGUAUUGUAAACAUGGCUGAUUCGAGGGAACCACCUCCUUUUGAAGAAAAUUUGGCAGAACCAGAAUCUGACGAUAUAUUUAAAUCUGCACUUGAGACACAAUCUAGAGAAGAGUUUUCAAAAAAUGGCAUAGAUGAUCUCAUGAGUGGUGGUGGGGAAGAAGUCAGUCUUGAUGAUGAUGAUCCAACUUCAAAACCGUCACAAUCUAAAUUGGAAUUUCGAACACCUGAAGAGGAAUUUAAUAACACAAGCCCUGUUGCAUCAUCACCAGCUGAAAUAAAACCAACCGAGCCACCAAAGCCCCAAGCCCGCAAGAAUGUCAAAACAACAGAAGAACAAGAAGAAAGUGAUGUAGUUCUUGAUAUAUCGGUAUCAGAUCCACAAAAGAUAGGAGAAGGCAUGGGUGCAUACAUGGUUUAUAAAGUUUCUACAAGGACAAAUCUUCCAUAUUAUAAAAAGAAAGGCUUUUCUGUGUCCAGGAGAUUUAGUGAUUUUCUUGGACUUCAUGACAAACUAGUAGAAAAACAUUUGCAUUUGGGAAGAAUUGUUCCUCCUGCUCCAGAAAAGGAUAUGAUUGGUUUGUAUUAUAUGUGUUAA